UGUUAUGCUGCUAUACUUAGCUUGAAAGUGGUCAAUCAGGCAGGUAGUAUCCUUUUUUUUAGGUUCAUGUAGUCUUUGGCGACAUUUCCAAGUUGAUAAAAACCAAAAACCCGGAGUUGGUCAGCUCGCUAAGUGCGACAGGUCACUGACAAUAUGACUAAGCACGAGUUUGAGGUGGACAUGAACUGUGAAGGAUGCUCUGGAGCCGUUACUAGAAUCCUCAACAAGCUUGGAGAUGUUAAGUUUGAGAUCGACCUGCCCAACAAGCUGGUUUGGAUCGAGUCGGACAAGGAUGUGGAAGUUCUCACGGAGACGCUGAAGAAAUGUGGAAAGGAAGUCAAGUACAACGGCACUAAAUGAAGGCGUCUGCUUCAUAUGUUUAACAGGAAACCCUGCUGCUGCAAAGUAAAAAAUUAAGCUAGACUUGAAGUUAAUUACCAGGAGACCCCAAAGGUGGCACGCCUCAUCAACCCAUGUGCUUGGAAAAGAUCUGGGAGCCAAACUCUCUCAGAUUGAGGCCCCUCGUUUCAAGAUGACAUUUGACAAAUCACUCUUGGUGGAUGAUGUUAUCAUGGAUUUAGGUUUGGAAAACAGAAAAAAAACCUUCUAAUGUCUGUCCUGGAUUGACAGAUUAUUGGAUGGUUUUGUGGUGGCAUAAAAUGUAGUAUUUGAAAUCCUGUUUGUUGUUCAAUUUGCUAUAAUUUCUGCGUUGUGUUUUGGGCCUUAGUGCAAAAGCCAGAGUGGGACGCCCCCUGCAGUUUGGAUGACUUUCAGUUGAAGCGUAAAGAGUGUCUGUUACUGUCUGUGGUGAACAUCUUCUUAAACCUGCAAAACGAUCCUGUUAGUCUUCCUUCAGAGCAGUUCAAGAACAUUCCCUGUAUCCGUUUCAAUAAAAUGAACUGUUCCCCCUUUUGCUUUUACAUUGACUCAGUAUUAUUGACAGCAAAUGUUAUCCGACACUACUUCAUGGACAAUAUCUAUAGUUAUAAUUUGGGGUGUAAAGAUAACCAUGUUUUAAGGACUACCAUGUUUUUACACUACAAAUCAUCAGACAUCACAUAAAUCAUAAUUAUGUAGAUUUGAUAACAGGCAUAUGUGUAUUUUUACAUAUAGUUUGCUCUGGGUUUUAUUUAUGUUGCCACCUUCCUUCUCCUGGCAUAAAUUUGAUUCUCAGAAUGUCUUAUUCACGCACAACUGAAAUAAAAUCAAUUAUGUGUCAA